AUGUCUUUUCUCCGCACCACCACCCUGCGCGCCUCGACCCUCGCCCGCGCUGCCCGCCAGACGCCGCGUUACCUACGUACUGCGGAGCUCCAGCCAUGGCAACGAGCCGUCCAGCGCAGGACGUAUGCGAGCGCCCACGAAGGCGGCGCCCAUGCUAAGACCAGCGAUAUGCCCUGGGCUAUAGGUGCUGUUGUCGGUACGGCCGUCGGUCUGUACAUUGUCGUGAACCAGGACACCAGCGGUGGCCACCACGAAGACCACGGCGACGAUCAUGCUGAAAAACACCAUGAAGAGGAAGCGCCUGCCGAGGAUGAGUCGACCGAGGAAGAGUCCAAGACGGAUGCAGAGGACGACUCCAAGGACGAUGCCAAGACUGAGACCAAGGACAACUCCAAGGACGAGAAGACGGACGAAUCCAACGAGGACAUCAAGGGCGCCGCAGGGAACAGCGAGGAAAAGGACAACCAGUCACCGGACAAGUCCGACAUUGCCGAUCCUCGCAAGGCCGAGACCAAGAGCCAGAAUGAAACUUCGGGCAAGCAAAGGGGACUGUCCAAUGACGAUACCCACCAUACAUCGCAAAUCGCAAAGCAGCCCGAGAAGAGCAAGAAGGGCGAGGGUGUCGCUGAGAGUGCCAAGCUCCAGGGAACCGUCUCCACAGAUCGUCCUGGCGCUGAGAACAAGGAGGAGCGUGGCAAGUCCCAUAUUGACAAAGACGCUUAG